AAGAUGAUGUUUGCUUUGCUCAUCACACUGUGCAUAAGUGCAGUCUUUGCUGCUCCAACUGUAGACAUGCAGUUAGAUGACCACUGGGACUCCUGGAAGAGCCAGCAUGGACGAAUCUAUCAUGAGGAUGUAGAGGUUGGGAGGAGAAUGAUUUGGGAGGAGAAUUUGAGAAAAAUUGAGCUACACAACUUUGAGUACUCCAUGGGAAACCACACAUUUAAACUGGGAAUGAAUCAAUUUGGUGACAUGACAAAUGAGGAAUUCAGACAGGCAAUGAAUGGUUAUAAGCAGGACCCAGACCGGAAGUCAAAGGGUGCAUUGUUCAUGGAACCCAGCUUUUUUGCAGCCCCUCAACAGAUUGACUGGAGACAGAGGGGCUAUGUUACUCCUGUAAAAGACCAGAAACAAUGUGGAUCUUGCUGGUCUUUCAGUUCAACGGGUGCCUUGGAGGGUCAGCUCUUCCGUAAAACUGGAAAGCUGGUUUCUCUGAGUGAGCAAAACUUGGUGGACUGUUCCAGACCACAGGGCAAUCAAGGCUGUAAUGGAGGCCUCAUGGACCAGGCCUUUCUGUAUGUUAAAGAGAACAACGGGCUGGAUUCUGAGCAGUCGUACCCUUAUCUUGCAAGGGAUGAUCUGCCAUGCCGGUAUGACCCCCGUUUUAAUGUCGCUAAAGACACUGGAUUCGUGGACAUCCCCAGUGGUAACGAGCUUGCUCUGAUGAAUGCUGUUGCUGCUGUGGGUCCUGUAUCUGUUGCUAUUGAUGCAGGACAUCAAUCCAUACAGUUCUAUCAGUCUGGCAUCUAUUAUGAGAAGGCAUGCAGCAGUAGUCAACUUGAUCAUGGAGUCUUGGUGGUUGGCUAUGGUUAUGAGGGUGCUGAUGUUGCUGGUAGAAGAUACUGGAUUGUGAAGAACAGCUGGACUGACAAAUGGGGUGACAAAGGCUACAUCUACAUGGCUAAAGACAAAAACAAUCACUGUGGCAUUGCAACAUCUGCCAGCUAUCCCCUAAUGUAAGGCCACUGGAGCCUUCUCUGCAUUCUGAAAUUGACAGUUUAUGGUUUCUCUUUAUUUUAAUGUAUUUUUCAUUCUUCUAUUUUAUCAAAUUGUAUUGCAGUUAAGGCUGUGAUAUGUAGUAGUCUUUUAGGGAAAUCCAUUCUUUUUGUUUCAUAAUGUCUCGUAGUUUUAGUUCAGAACUCUGCAAAUCUAUCUGCAGCAAGUGCCUUCUAUUGACCUUAUUCUUCAAUGCGGAGGUGAGCUUGUUUUUGCGAUUGUUUUAGAACUUCAGAUUUAGUCGCCUAUGGGAGAAAUGACUUGGAACAAUUAACAUCAGAAAACGGUCAAACUACUUGCUCUACAAACAAGUGUUUGCAUGACUAUACAGACCAAGUAGAAUACUAUAGUAAUAAAAUAUAAGUUUGCAACAUAAAGUAGUAUAAUGGGCUGUUUUAACGGCUAAAAAUGAAUGGAAGUGAAUGACACCGUAAGUCUCGAGCCAAAAAGAUUCAAAUAGCUGCUCCCGCUCAUACGUGAAGAAUAAAGUUAAGUUAUCUUCGAGGGAUAUAAUCUAGAAGACACCUUUUGUUGGUCAGUGAACCAUUUUAUAUUGUGAUCCAAAUCA